UUUAAGGAGUGUGUGUGUCUGUAUUUACACCAUUUCCCCAGGUGAGCCUCUAGUGGACUUAUUGACAGAAGUGCCAUCUGAUGUCUCUGCUGCUCCUAUUGUCAACCUGCACAGAUGUUUCACAGCCAUUGCUGCUGCUUGUGUCUAAAGUUUUCCGAGGAUGAUGUGAGUCAGUGAAAUCUAAACUGUGGAGCAUGUCCCUCACCCAUCCUCCAAGCCAAUUAACCUGUGACGAGCGUGGUACUACAGCACUGAUUAAUUAGACAAGGAGGAGGCGGAGGACGUGGAGGAGGAGAGCCAAACAUGAACAUGUGAAGACGCCCUAAGAGCGACCUACAGUCUUUAAUGCCGUUAUUGCAAUGCAUUGUUGAUGAGAGGGGGCUGUACUCCAGUCUGCCUGCCAUGUGGACACUGCUGCUGUUGGCGCAACACAAACAGCCGAGCACAGAGAGAGGAGGGCAGUGAGCAGGAGGGAGGCGGUGCUGCACGGACAACUGCGUCCCACUCCUGAAGCACAAACAUCUCCACGGCAUCCAGUACGCACCACACUUCUUCUCCUUCUCCUUCUCCUUCUUCUUCUUCUUCUUGUUAUCGCUCCAUCCAUCCACUUGAUCACAGCUUUCUCAUUCACGACAAGGAGGAGCUGCGCGGACAUAGAGCUUCCAGGCCUCCAAGGAUGGACUCGAUACCUGCGGGGCGAGAUUCCAGCUCCUCGCCAAGCUCCAAACAAGAACUUUCCUACCCCAGCAACAACCUAAAGCCCAACCAGGUCGGAGAGACGGUGCUGUACGGAAUACCCAUCGUGUCUUUGGUAAUAGAUGGCCAAGAGAGACUUUGUCUUGCACAGAUAUCAAACACCCUGUUGAAGAAUUACAGCUAUAACGAAAUACAUAACCGACGUGUGGCGCUUGGGAUCACCUGCGUCCAGUGCACCCCUGUCCAGCUGGAGAUCCUGCGGAGAGCCGGGGCCAUGCCAAUCUCCUCCAGGCGCUGUGGGAUGAUAACUAAACGCGAGGCCGAAAGACUUUGUAAGUCAUUUCUAGGAGCUCAUUCACCUCCUAAGCUUCCAGAAAAUUUUGCCUUUGACGUGUCCCACGAAUGCGCCUGGGGAAGUCGAGGCAGCUUCAUCCCGGCCAGAUACAACAGCUCCAGGGCCAAGUGCAUCAAGUGCUCCUAUUGCAACAUGUAUUUUUCCCCAAAUAAAUUCAUAUUUCAUUCUCAUCGCACGCCCGACUCGAAGUACACGCAGCCAGACGCGGCUAAUUUCAAUUCCUGGAGACGACACCUCAAACUGACAGAUAAAAGCAGCCAGACAGACGUAUUGCACGCAUGGGAAGACGUGAAGGCCAUGUUCAACGGGGGCAGCCGUAAGAGGACGUUGCCGGGUAGUGGGCCAGACUCCAGCUCUGCACUCAAAUCACACGGACCCAGCCUUCCCCGAUCCUCACCCGAGAUACCUGCAAAAAUCCUCAACUGCGACGACAACCGGGGAGGCAUGACCAGCACGCGCAGCUACCCGGUCAUCCCCGUGCCCAGUAAAGGCUUCGGGAUGCUGCAAAAGAUCCCACCACCGCUUUUCCCUCAUCCGUAUGGCUUCCCAGCCUUCGGCCUGUGCCAGAAAAAAGAUGAUGGUAUGAUGGGGGAGCAGAGCAAAGCCGGCCUCCCGGGUGUCCUGUGGCCUGGUACCAAGGACAGCGCCUACCACUCCUUCCCCAUGUUCUGGCCCGCGGCAGGUGCGCUCCCCAUGCCUCCGUACCCCCAGACUCAGCACAAACCCGCACCUGAGCUCCUGUGUCCCCCCAGACAGACUGACAUAGACAUCUCAGAGCACAGUGACCGGAGCACCAACACAUCAAAAGACAGCAUGGUUGAAAACGACCGAUGCUCCAGCACCCAGUCCACGCGUAAUGAAGAUGACAAGUCUGGAGACGAGGCCAGGCCGCUGGAGGGGAUGACCCUUGCGCCCCGGAAAAUCAGCUACGUGUCCGCAUUCAGGCCUGUUAUUAAAGACGCUGACUGUAUCGCCAAGCUGUACGGCAACAGAGGCGCAUACAAUGGGUGUCGCACCGGUUAUUUAUCACCUGAUUUUUUAAGUGAGAGCUCAAGCUACCGGUCCGUGUCUCCUUGCGUGGACAGUGAGGGUGAACCGGACGUGGAUGUGGAGACAAAUAAAACACCAGAGGACGAGGACUCCCGGCCUCUGUCCUCUGUGUGUCCUCGGACUCCUCCCGGCCUACUUCAUAGUGUUUCACCAAACGAUUCAGACUCCAAGGGCAUGCAGGAAAGCAGUGUGGCUGAUUCCCAGAAAAUGAGCUUACACGUGGCCCAGUCCUCUGAAAGAGAAAUGCAGAGCAAGCACUUAUCAGAGACCCACAUAGCUGCUUCUUUUACUGAAGUUUACACACCGGAGAGGGGUGAGCUGCAACAAAGGAGCAGUCCGUAUCAGUUCAGACCUGCGAAUUACCAGACUGGAGUACUUAUAUCAAAUGAUGAAAGUGCAAGUAAAGAAGAGCCGUCUUCCACAGUGGAGGAGAUUGAAACGAAAUCUUUUAAUGAACAAAGCAACGAGGUGAACCAGCGAGAGCAGGACGAGGGCGAAGACGCAACAAGAGCUGUGCCAACACAAAGAGACAUAGAAAGUCUGGCAAAAGAGGAGUUACAGAAGCAGCUGUUAGAGCAAGUGGAGCUGAGGAAAAAGCUGGAACGUGAAUUCCAAAAUCUGAAAGAUAACUUUCAAGAUCAAAUGAAAAGGGAACUUUCCUACAGGGAGGAGAUGGUUCAGCAGCUCCAUAUCGUCAGAGAAGCUCACGACGCUUUACACCAUUUCUCCUGUAAGAUGUUAACUCCACGCCACUGCUCCGGAUCCUGCACCUUCAAAUCUCCCCUGUUACCACCCUGAGUUACGUUAAAGCACAACUGAUGGACAAGGAAACAAAAGACACCUCUACAGCUUCUGCAAAUAACCGGAAACCUUAAAGAACUUAACGAGGAUUCGAGUUAAAGCUGACUACAACUGUAAUUAGGCUACUUGUAAUAUUUCCAAAUGUGUAUCUUCACUCUCAGUAUUUAUCUUACAUACGGUGAAAUUUGUUUUACUGAAAUGAUACCAUUGAUGAUAUUUAUUAUUUGUGGCAAAGUGCAAUGACAAUGUAUGUAUCUUGUAAUAGGUAUAGGUUGUUAUUUUGUUUUUUCUGUUGUCAAUAGCAGCUCGGACUAGCCAAUUCAUAUCAUCUCAGUAUUGUGAAUUAGCCUACUACUUUUCCUGUGUUUUUUUCUUUGCAGUCCAAUAGCUUACAGACCUUUGGAUGUUAUGCACUUUAAAUGAGUGAUGGAAAUUAGCUACAACCAGAAAAUAGGCCUACAAUAUAAUUAAAGCGGUCAAACCAUGCCUAUUUGUUUCUUUUUAUGACUUAACAAACACAGAAGUUAGUAGGCUAAAUUAGUACACAUGCGAUCCUGUAAGUAGUGACAUAUUCUAAGAGUAGUAUAUUUGUUCAUGUAAUAUUUGUUUUCAUCUAUAAUGAAUAAAACAUU